GUCUGUUAAAAAAAACAAAACUUGCUUCGUCUUCUUCCUCUGUCCACAAAACCUCCAGAUUUCAUUUUCUCACAUUUCUUCUUCGUCUUCUUUGCAAGAAAAUGUCUAAGCAGAGGAAGAAAGCUGACUUAGCCACCGUUUUGCGCAAGUCAUGGUACCACUUAAGGCUCUCGGUGCGCCAUCCCACUAGGGUCCCAACCUGGGAUGCGAUUGUUCUCACAGCGGCUAGUCCUGAACAGGCAGAGCUCUACGAGUGGCAGCUCCGGCGAGCCAAACGGAUGGGACGAAUAGCUAGCUCCACUGUCACUUUAGCUGUUCCUGAUCCAGAUGGCAAACGGAUCGGCUCUGGUGCUGCAACUCUCAACGCCAUUUAUGCUCUCGCUCGCCAUUAUGAGAAAUUGGGUUUUGAUCCUGGUCCCGAGGUGGAAGUUGCAAAUGGUACUUGCAAAUGGGUUAGAUUCAUCUCUGAAAAGCAUGUAUUGAUGCUUCAUGCUGGAGGUGACUCCAAAAGGGUUCCUUGGGCAAAUCCUAUGGGGAAAGUAUUCCUCCCACUUCCUUAUCUUGCUGCUGAUGAUCCUGAUGGUCCUGUUCCUCUCCUUUUUGAUCAUAUACUUGCAAUCGCUUCAUGUGCAAGACAAGCUUUCAGAGACCAAGGUGGAUUAUUUAUCAUGACUGGAGACGUCCUUCCUUGUUUUGAUGCUUUUAGAAUGACUCUACCUGAAGACGCAGCUUCUAUAGUUACUGUGCCUAUCACUCUCGAUGUUGCUUCCAACCAUGGUGUUAUUGUCACAUCCAAAUCUGAGUCCCUUGCUGAGAGCUAUACUGUCAGUGUAGUGAAUGAUCUUCUGCAGAAGCCUACAGUAGAGGAGCUUGUCAAGAAAGAUGCAAUCUUACAUGAUGGACGGACGCUCCUUGACACUGGGAUAAUAUCUGCAAGGGGCAGAGCAUGGUUGGACCUGGUCGCUCUUGGAUGCUCGUGCCAACCCAUGAUCUUAGAGCUUAUAAGCAGUAAGAAAGAGAUGAGUUUGUAUGAAGAUUUGGUGGCUGCUUGGGUUCCUUCAAGGCAUGAUUGGCUGCGAACCAGACCUUUGGGUGAACUUCUUGUUAACAGUCUUGGGAGGCAAAAGAUGUACAGCUACUGCACCUAUGAUUUGCAGUUUUUGCAUUUUGGAACAUCAAGUGAGGUAUUGGAUCACUUAAGCGGAGAUGCUUCAGGAAUUGUAGGUCGAAGACACUUAUGUUCCAUCCCUGCAACUACGGUUUCUGAUAUUGCAGCAUCUUCUGUUAUUUUGUCUAGUGAAAUUGCACCUGGUGUCUCCAUUGGUGAAGAUUCACUUAUAUACGAUUCAACAGUGUCUGGUGCUGUACAAAUUGGUUCUCAGUCAGUAGUUGUUGGUAUUCACAUCCCGAGCGAAGAUCUUGGAACUCCAGAGAGGUUCAGGUUCAUGCUUCCGGAUAGGCAUUGUCUUUGGGAGGUCCCACUGGUGGGACAUAAGGGAAGAGUGAUUGUGUAUUGUGGUCUCCAUGACAAUCCAAAGAACUCGAUUCAUAAAGAUGGAACUUUUUGCGGUAAACCCUUAGAGAAGGUAUUGUUUGAUCUUGGCAUUGAGGAAAGUGACAUAUGGAGCUCGUAUGUUGCACAAGAUAGGUGUUUGUGGAAUGCAAAACUUUUCCCGAUUCUUACUUAUGGCGAAAUGCUGAAGUUAGCGUCGUGGUUGAUGGGUUUAGAUGAUAGUAGAAACAAGGAGAAAAUUACCUUGUGGAGAAGCUCACAACGUGUAAGCUUAGAAGAGUUGCACGGAUCAAUAAACUUUCCUGAGAUGUGCAAUGGUUCCAGCAAUCAUCAAGCUGAUCUUGCGGCUGGAAUCGCUAAAGCAUGUAUGAACUAUGGUAUGCUUGGGCGAAAUUUUUCUCAGCUGUGCCAUGAGAUUUUACAGAAAGAGUCAUUAGGAUUGGAAAUAUGCAAGAAUUUUCUGGAUCAAUGUCCCAAAUUUCAGGAGCAAAACUCCAAAAUUCUUCCAAAGAGUCGGGCAUAUCAGGUAGAAGUUGAUCUUCUCCGAGCAUGUGGGGAUGAGCCAAAAGCUAUCGACUUGGAGCAUAAAGUCUGGGGAGCAGUUGCAGAAGAAACUGCUUCAGCUGUGAGAUAUGGUUUUAGAGAACAUCUGUUGGAAUCAAGUGGCAAGCCCCGAUCCGAGAAUCAUAUUUCUCAUCCGGACCGAGUUUUUCAACCAAGAAGGACAAAAGUUGAACUACCAGUUCGGGUAGAUUUUGUAGGAGGUUGGAGUGAUACACCUCCAUGGAGUUUAGAGCGCGCAGGUUGCGUCCUGAACAUGGCUAUAACCUUAGAAGGUUCACUUCCAAUUGGCACAAUCAUCGAAACAACAAAUCAGAUGGGAAUCUCAAUCCAAGACGACACUGGAAACGAGCUACACAUCGAAGAUCCAAUAAGCAUCAAGACACCAUUUGAAGUCAAUGAUCCAUUCAGGCUUGUUAAAUCUGCUCUACUGGUAACAGGCAUUGUCCAAGAAAACUUUGUCGACUCCACUGGGUUAGCAAUAAAGACAUGGGCAAAUGUUCCCCGUGGUAGUGGUCUAGGAACCUCGAGUAUUCUAGCUGCAGCUGUUGUGAAAGGACUUCUCCAGAUAUCUUAUGGAGAUGAAAGCAAUGAAAACAUUGCCAGACUUGUCUUGGUUCUGGAACAACUCAUGGGUACUGGAGGUGGCUGGCAAGAUCAGAUUGGUGGAUUAUACCCAGGAAUCAAAUUCACUUCAAGUUUUCCAGGAAUUCCUCUUCGUCUUCAAGUUGUUCCUUUACUCGCCUCGCCACAACUAAUCUCAGAGUUGGAGCAACGCCUCCUCGUUGUUUUCACGGGUCAAGUCAGGCUUGCUCAUCAAGUCCUACACAAGGUCGUUACAAGGUAUUUGCAAAGAGACAAUCUCUUGAUUUCAAGCAUUAAGCGAUUGACCGAGCUGGCGAAAUCCGGGAGAGAAGCAUUAAUGAACUGUGAAGUUGAUGAGCUAGGCGACAUAAUGUCAGAAGCUUGGAGAUUGCAUCAAGAGCUGGAUCCGUAUUGCAGCAAUGAAUUUGUGGAUAAGCUUUUUGCGUUUUCGCAACCUUAUAGCUCAGGAUAUAAGCUUGUAGGUGCAGGUGGUGGAGGAUUCUCUCUUAUAUUGGCUAAAGACACAGAGAAAGCUAAGGAGUUAAGACAAAGAUUGGAAGAACAUGCAGAGUUUGAUGUCAAAGUUUAUAACUGGAGCAUCUUUCAACUACCACCACCAAGCUAUGAAAUGACCAUAUUACCCUCGCCUGGAAUCGAGGUCAAAAGGUCCCGGAAAAUCAGCGAUUCGUCAUCAACACUUUGUACCUCGUUGGUAGCAUUUGGAUUUGGAGAUAACGCCGUUAAAAGACUCUGUAACGGACAACCGGACAGUGGAGUAGUCCUUUCUUGCUUAGACUGUUUCCUCAAGAACGGCUCACUCUACUGCUUUGAAUAUGGAGUCAGUCCAUCGGUUUUCCUAACCAAAGUCCGCGGAGGCACUUGCACAACCGCGCAACCUGAUCCAACUGAUUCGGUGAUCCACAGGGCAAUGUACCUUCUCCAAAACGGAUUUGGCAACUACGACAUUUUCAAGAACAACUGCGAGGAUUUCGCGCUAUAUUGCAAGACGGGUUUGCUUAUAAUGGAUAAGCUCGGUGGUGUAGGGAGAAGCGGUCAAGCUUCUUCAAUAGUUGACUUUGGUGUUUCUGAUGCUCCUUCGGAAGAUAAUGCUUCGCGUGGUUCUGAUAGUAUUGUGUUUUUGCCGACGGAGUAUGGGAUUCCAAGGCAAGCCCUGGCUUUCAACAUGGUGCCGCCAAGUGAAGAGUUCGCUACACCGCCUGGUCCGCCGUCUCCGGAUUUUGUUGAGCUAUCGUCGGAUGAUGAGUUAGCUGAUGCUGAAGAAUCGGGAACGGAGUUGCCAAUCCCUAACUUCGUGAAGACUGAAUCGCUUAGGAUGCCUAUCCCGCCAAGAAGGUUUGCGACCCGAACUUGGUAUCCUGGUUAUCAUGGAGAAGAAGGUGUUGAGUCGUCUCAUGCGAAUCUCGAGAACCAUGUUGGCGAUCAAGAAGUACAACUCAUGGGUACUGGAGGUGGCUGGCAAGAUCAGAUUGGUGGAUUAUACCCAGGAAUCAAAUUCACUUCAAGUUUUCCAGGAAUUCCUUUGCGUCUUCAAGUUGUUCCUUUACUCGCCUCGCCACAGCUAAUCUCAGAGUUGGAGCAACGCCUCCUCGUAGUGUUCACCGGUCAAGUCAGGCUUGCUCAUCAAGUCCUACACAAGGUCGUUACAAGGUAUUUGCAAAGAGACAAUCUCUUGAUUUCAAGCAUUAAGCGAUUGACCGAGCUGGCGAAAUCCGGGAGAGAAGCUUUAAUGAACUGUGAAGUUGACGAGCUAGGCGACAUAAUGUCAGAAGCUUGGAGAUUGCAUCAAGAGCUCGACCCGUAUUGCAGCAAUGAGUUUGUGGAUAAGCUUUUCGAGUUUUCGCAACCUUAUAGCUCAGGAUUCAAGCUUGUAGGUGCAGGUGGUGGAGGAUUCUCUCUUAUAUUGGCUAAAGACACAGAGAAAGCUAAGGAGUUAAGACAAAGAUUGGAAGAACAUGCAGAGUUUGAUGUCAAAGUUUAUAACUGGAGCAUCUUUCAACUACCACCACCAAGCUAUGAAAUGACCAUAUUACCCUCGCCUGGAAUCGAGGUCAAAAGGUCCCGGAAAAUCAGCGAUUCGUCAUCAACACUUUGUACCUCGUUGGUAGCAUUUGGAUUUGGAGAUAACGCCGUUAAAAGACUCUGUAACGGACAUUUCUUUGAUUUGAUUGUGGAGAGCAAUAUAUUUGCAGGAAUCUUUGUCGGUGGGUCCAAAGUUGUUCAUUUCAGACCUGAACACAACCCCAUGGAGUCAUCAUCAUCAUCAAUCUCAUCAUCUUCCUCUGAUGAUAUUUGUUCCAUAUUUCCUGAUUGCGGUUUCAGACAACCUGACAGUGGAGUAGUUCUUUCAUGUUUAGACUGUUUCCUCAAGAACGGCUCACUCUACGGCUUUGAAUAUGGAGUCAGUCCAUCGGUUUUCCUAACCAAAGUCCGCGGAGGUACUUGCACAACCGCGCAACCUGAUCCAACUGAUUCGGUGAUCCACAGGGCAAUGUACCUUCUCCAAAACGGAUUUGGCAACUACGACAUUUUCAAGAACAACUGCGAGGAUUUCGCGCUAUAUUGCAAGACGGGUUUGCUUAUAAUGGAUAAGCUUGGUGGUGUAGGGAGAAGCGGUCAAGCUUCUUCAAUAGUUGGUGCUCCUUUGGCUGCACUUCUCUCUUCACCAUUCAAAUUGCUGAUUCCAAGUCCCAUUGGUGUGGCAACAGUUACUGCUGGAAUGUAUUGUAUGAGUCGGUAUGCUACUGAUAUUGGCGUUAGAAGCGACGUCAUUAAGGUCUCAGUUGAGGAUUUGACUCUCAACCUUGAUUUGAAGACCAUUGAGCAAGGUGGAGAAGAAGAAGAAGAAGAAGAAGAUUCCGAUACCGACUAUGUUAGGUCUAUGGCUGAAAGUCACGAGAUGUUAUGCCAUGCGGCGAGGGAUUACUCGCCUCGACUGGAUGAAUCCGAGCGUUUCGAUAUCGAGGGAAUCGUAGCACCACCAGGGGCUAUUCCACUGAUACCCUACGACUGUCAACUGCCUGAUAGUAGGCAUCCUGAACCUGUUUUGGUCAAGCUUUAUGCUAGUGCGGGGCUUCAUCAUUACAAUAUGUUGGAGGUGAAGGAAUCGGAGUUGCAAAACAAUGAUUGGAUUUAUCUGUAUUUGAAACUUGUACUCUGUGCAAUUGAAAGGGUCAGAAUCUCAGAUGGCGAUCUGUCCAAGCUGAAGAUUGUGAAAGUGGUGAUAGAAACCAAGGAAGAUAUGGUGUCCCCAAAUGAGAGACUCAACGCCAAAACUGCAGUGGUCUACAUAACUUUUAAGGGAUUGGCCAAUGCUCGUAUUGCUGCUGAGAACGAAUUCGUAAACAUCGACCCUGCUACUUUUUUUCAACUCUCCCGCGUGUCUAGAAGCCUUGGAUCGUGGUCAGGAGCUGCUGCCCCGGUCCCCGUGGAUGUGAUAGAGUUGUGGUCUAGCAAGGUCCAUGGUGCUCUAGUCUCUGCUUUACGAGAUUUGAUCCGAUCGAUCAGAUUUGUAGAAGAAGAAAUGGCGAAUCUGUAUGUGAAAGCUGUUCCACCACCGGAUAUGAAUAGGAAUACGGAAUGGUUCAUGUAUCCAGGAGUUUGGACUACUUACAUGCUCAUUCUCUUCUUCGGUUGGCUCGUUGUUCUCUCUGUCUCUGGUUGUUCCCCUGGAAUGGCUUGGACUGUUGUUAAUCUCGCUCACUUCGUUGUGACGUAUCACAGCUUCCACUGGAUGAAAGGAACUCCUUUUGCAGAUGACCAAGGAAUCUACAAUGGUUUAACUUGGUGGGAACAAAUGGACAAUGGUCAACAACUUACCCGCAACCGCAAAUUUCUUACCGUAGUUCCUGUUGUCCUGUACUUGAUAGCAUCGCAUACAACAGAUUACAGACAUCCAUGGCUGUUCCUCAACACACUCGCUGUGAUGGUUCUCGUUGUUGCCAAGUUCCCCAACAUGCACAAGUGGGAUCUAAAGAACACGUGGCUGCCUAAAAGAUCUCUAAUUUCUGAUUCAUGGAAUCUUUUAACUACUAAAAAUGGGGUUUUGUGUCUUAAUGUAAUAAUGGGAGCAGCUGAAGCAAGAGCAUUGUGGCAAAGAACAGCAAGUCGUUGCUUUGUUGUUCAUGAAGAUGCUAAAUUGGCUCCGAGGUUAGCUUGUUGCCAACACCAACAUUCUUCUUCGGGCAACACCGAGAAAAGCAGCUUUUCUUCAGGAAGUUUUGGAGAUUCCUCUGAUUUCUCCUCUUGUGAUACCAAAUGGUGGCUUAAGGGGUCAACUGGAUUUGAUGAGGAGGUUACAAACUCCUUUUUUGAAGAUACCAAAUGCAAGAAAUUGCAAGAAUUUGUCGACUUGAUCGGGAUACGAGAAGAAAAAGAUGACUACAGCUUUAUAAGCAAGGAAGCUAAUACUACAACGCCGUGGUGGAGAAGCACGGCAGAUAAAGAUGAAUUAGCUCUCUUGGUGGCGACUAAAUCGAUUGAUCAUAAUAUCCAGAAUUGUGAUCUUCCUCCACCGCAGAAACUCCACAAGAGGCUUCACUGUACUAGUAGUGAAAAGGGGUUUAAACCAGCGGUGCAAUCGCCAUGGAAACAAGGAGUUUGGAGCGAUCGGUUUGAGAGAUCUUUUAGUUACAAUAGUAGCACAGAGAGCAAGAACACGAGUCCAAUGUCUUCCCCUAGAAGUGAUGAUCUAAGCAAAGCUCAGCUAUUAGAAGCACUAAGGCAUUCUCAAACCAGAGCAAGAGAAGCAGAGAAAGCCGCGAGAGAAGCUUGCGCUGAGAAAGACCGUGUCAUAACAAUCAUGUUGAGGCAAGCGAGUCAGAUGUUGGCUUACAAGCAAUGGUUAAAGCUUCUUGAAAUGGAAGCUCUUUAUCUGCAGACGAAGAAGGAAGAAGAACAGAUCGAAGGAAUGAGUCUGAAGAAGAGGAAACAGAGAGGGAAGAAAAAGAAAAAGGGUGAGAUUGGGAGAUAUAUGAUGGCUUUUGCAUUAGGGUUUAGUCUCAUUGGUGCUGGUUUGCUCUUAGGUUGGACUGUUGGAUGGUUGUUACCCUUCUAGAAUCUUGAAAAUGUCUUUUGUUUGAUCACUGAUCUUUUUAAGAGUUUUAGGUUUUAUAACUUUUCACGUUGUCUCUAAAAUUGUGUGUAUGUUGUUGUGUUAAUGUAUGUAUUGUGUGAUAUUUGUGUUGAAUUUAAUCUUCUGUUACAGAAGUUUAUUUUGGUUAGGAUCUGUCUAUCUUCUACACAAAAUUGAGAAGAAAAGAGAUUCAAACAUUGAAAUGCAUCGGAAGCUUGAGAUUCAAAGUUUGCUACUUGUGGUCAUGUAUUGUGGACCUCAUUUGACCCAUUUAUUCUGAAUAAGGCCCAUAUGUCCUG